AUGUACACUGGCUACCGCCAGGAGGAUGUCCCGUUUAAUGCCAUUGACAUGAUACAUGCAUUCAAGCUACAAUAUGCGUUGAGUAUCGUCUACAACCCGUGUAUCUGUCUCGUCAAAGCCUCUUUUCUGUGGAGUCUGUACAAGCUCCGCUCACACAACCCAUGGAUCAAGCGUACGAUUAUUGGCCUCCAAGUGCUCAAUGGUGUAUACAUGGUCGCGACCACCAUUGUCUCCGCGGUGCCAUGUCUACCUGUAGCUAAGUCGUGGGAUCCAAGCAUCCCUGGCGGCUGUUACAGCCCCACACUCUACGUGAGCGGCAACGUCUCAGUCGUCAUCAUCACCGACUUCCUCGUCAUGCUCAUCCCCACCUGGAUAAUCUGGGACCUCCAAAUGCCCCUCAAGCGCAAACUCGUCACAAUUGCCUUCCUCUCCCUCGGCUUCAUCGUCAUCGCAAUCGGCAUCGCUCGCCUCCUCUGGCUCCUCGACGCCUUCCAAGGCAAAACAAACAGCUACAGCGUCACUUCAGCAUACUCCGCCAUUGAAUCUUCCGUUGCCAUCAUCGGGACCAGCGGCCCGACGGUCAAAUACAUCCUCUCGUUCUGCAUACCCUGGCUCCGACCCUCCUUUGAGCGCUCCGCGAACAAAAGUUCCGGGAACGCGUACAGCUAUGGGAAUCAUUCGAACAUCGGCACGUCGCGACGCUCGCGCAAGGAUGGGAGUGGGUAUGAUGAUUUGGAUAGCGAGUCCGUCGAGCAGAGGAGCAUUGAGAUGAAGAGCGAUUGGCGAAGGAGUGGGGAUGCGCAGAGCGAUGAGCAGAGGAUCGCGCCGGAUCACGCAGGCCAACAUGGUAUUGUGAAGAGUGUGGAGUGGACAGUACAUACGAGGGAGGAUUCGAGGAGAGCGAGCAUGAUUGGGAUCGCGGUACCGCUAGGUGGGCUGGGAUAUGUGACGCCGGGAGGGAGGCCGGCGGAGCAGCCAAAGGAUAUUGUAUGA